AUGCUUUCCUCGUCCGCCAACCUCCCCCUCCUCCUCCUCCUCCUGCUGCUGCUGUUCCUGGGCGUCACCACUUCGCCGGUGCUGGCCACAAGGAAGUGCUCUUCGGACGUGAGCACCCGCAUCCAGGCUACGCUCGACAACAGCGUGCUCUUCAGCUCGUGCGCCAUGCCCAGCGCCGGUGUGCGCACCGACGCCCGGUCCCUCUUCGACGUGCUGGCCUUCUCCGAGCGCGACUUCCUCAUCUUCUGCCGCUCCCCAGCAUGCAUGAAGCCCGUCAAGAAGCUGCUGCGAGCCAUCCCAAGCGACUGCCUCGUCACCUACCACGGAGCACGACGCAACCUGUCGGAAGAGGUCUCGACGCUGUACCGACAGUGCGCGGAGGUGGUGGGAGCCGCCGACCUGACCGACGAGGACUACGUCUACAGAUACUUCCUGGACUAG